AGGAAGGUAUGCACAGAAUAUGGUUACUAAUUCUUACAAGAAUAUUUCACCCAAAAAAAAAAAAAAAAAUUCUUACGAGAUUAUUAAUGGAUUUGGUUUUGAUUUUAUCAAUUACAUCUCGAAACCGAACCGAAACUGAACCUCUCGUAGAUCAGAACUGUCAAAAACCCCCGAACUGGUGAAGAUUUUGCUGAGGGUUUGCAGAGAGUUGCAGAGAAGAGUGGCAAUGAGUUACAAGGACAAGGUAGACGUAUGUACGGAAUGUACUAAAAAAUGCUUGUUGGUUCAUGGAAAGAGAGAAUGUUCUCCUCCUGCUACUUCUUUCUUCAAAGUCUUGAUCGGUGAUAGGUUCUCUCAAGUUCUGUUCAUACCUCCUAAAUUUGCACGCAUGGUUAGCUCCAUGCUUGGUCGGGAAACCUAUCUGGAAGAUUCAAAUGGACAACGUUGGAGGGUCAAAGUAUCCACUAUUGAUGGCUCCUUAGCUUUUCGACAAGGGUGGGAUGAUUUUGCAUUGGUUCAUUUUCUGGAAGAAGGACAGUUUUUAGUAUUCACCUACAUUAUUGGAUCACACUUUGUGGUUCAAAUAUAUGAUAAAAGUGGAUGUGAAAAGUUAAAUUUCUCUCAGAAAGGGAACUGUGGUGGAAAAAAUGCUAAGCCUAAGCUUAGCUCUGAUCAUUUGCGUUCAGAAGGCAAGAAAUCUGUUCCUAUGGAGGCCCAUUUUCCAAUGAUCGAUAGAGGUUAUAUGAAUGAGCAGGAUUCAAGUUCAACAGUUCCUUCUUCAUCUGAUAUUGAAAUAAUUGACGCUAAUGUUAAUGAUCCUGAGAAGACAGUGAUGGAUGCUAAAUGCACAGAAAGACCUAAAUCCGAUCCAACAGUAGACUGCACAGAGGUUCCAUACUACAUAAUCGAUAGAGAUUUGGCAACUGAACAAGAUGAAACCAGGACCGCCCAUUUUGAUCUGUCAAACUUUGAAAUAUUGAUAGACCAAUCUGGGGCUGAGGGAAUGAAGAAUGUGUCAUUGGCUACUGGGAAGGAAACAUCUUCCCAUCAUGAGGGGAACUCUGAAAGACCUCAAGUCUCAGUUGGAGUAGGCACUGUAGAUAAAGAUCCUUUGGCUUUUGAGGGAUCCCGUGGACAAGCUUCUUUUGAUGUAUCUGACUUGGAAAUGACCGAGAUGGGCUGCAGUGCUAAAGAUAUAGACAAAGCGCCACCAAAUAUAGAAAAAGAUUCCUGUUUCCCUGAUACCUCUUUGAAACCCCAAAUUCUGACUUCAGGGCAGCCUGAAAAGAAUGGGAACCCUGAUAUGUCCAAUAAUGUCUUGUGCCAAUAUCCUCUUGCUACGAGACAGAACUUCAGUGAUUUGGGAAACAAGUCAGCAGUAAAAAUCAAAAUGGAAGAAACUCUCCUUAUUGGAAACAGUGGAAGUGUUCCGCAGAUUAUCACUAAAGUAUAUGGGUGCUUUGGUGCUCCAGUUGUCUUGGAAGGAAACAAGUCAAAAAUGGAAGAAACUCCAAUUUUACUUGUAGGAGACAAGUCAAAAAUGGAAGAAACUCCCCUUAUUGGAAGCAGUGGAGGUGUUCUCACUAAAGUACCUGGGUGCUUUGGUACUCCAGUUGUCUUGGAAGGAGAAAAGGGGAAAGGGCUGAAGGUAGUUAAGAAAGAGGAUGGAGAAAUGAUGAAAGAAGCCAAUGUCUGUUUGACAGGGAAGAUAUCCAUGACAAUUAAAGAAGAGUUUGAGGAGAACUUAAGUCUUGGUCCAAUAGACAAGGAAAAAGCUUACAAAUCUGUGAAAACAGAACCAAUGGAUUCAGAUGAUUUCUCAUCACCCAAUUUGAUCGAUUUUUGCGAUUCAGUGACCAUAGUUACACAGUGUUGGCUUGAGUUGCCAACAGUUUCAGUUUCGUGGAAGGGGAAGUCAAAAAUGAAUAGGAAGGUAGUGCUCCUUCGUGAUCCAACCAUGAAAGUGUGGGCGGUCCUCUAUCACGAAAGACCUGGGUUCAGAGUCUUAACCAGCGGGUGGGAAUCUUUUGCCAAGGCAAACAACAUUCAACCAGGAGAUACAUGCACUUUUGGAGUUGAAAGUCGAUUGGAAGGUCUGUUCCGUGUUAAUAUUGUCAGGAGAGGUUGACAUGUUACAGCUUAUGAAGUCCCGCAUAAACAGGUUUUCGAGAAACCAAAACGAGCAUUCUCGAACACUGCCAGAGGAGGAUGUUCUCGGAUGGGCAUUCUGGCUAGGAUUGUUGUGGAGUUGGAUGCUGCAAUGGUAAUCAAAUGGCUGGUGAUGGACAAUCUUUUUUUUUUUCCAUUUGGAUUCUGUUUUUCAUACAUCUGGUGAUUCAUAAACCUAGUGCCUGGCAGGUCAGCAUAAUGAGCAACUGUUAUGAAUGGUGUUAGUGGAGAAUGCAAAGAGAACUAACUUGUAUGGUUGGCAGAACUGUUAGUGAAAAAAAGGACUUUAUAUGUUUUUGUUGGUUAGGGAGAUGGAUACGGCCUUACCUCACAGCUGUAUAGUUUUAAGGGCAGAGAUGACUCACGACGCCAUAGUGGAAACCACACCAGUGAGAGGUGGGAGAUGUAUUGUCCAGUAAAAGGGGCCCAUAUUUUGUGAGGGGAGAGAGAGUGUCAACCUGUUAAUGCAGGUAUCACGGCUUAUUAUGUGAUAGGGUGUGGAAAGGAAUCUGUACUCUGGCGUUGUCGGGAUCUUUUUCCCAUUGUUUAUUUUGGAAUAGAAAUGCAUCUUUUGUA